AUGUGGGCGGAAAUUGCUCUAAGGCCGCUUGACAAAUUGGAAAUUGAUCCCGAAGAAGAUGGACCUAGGAAACUAGAGACAACGGGAGUACAAAGGCCUGCUCGAUCUCUUGGUGUUAAUGAUGACGAGAAUGACACUGAAGAAGGGAAGGAGGAUGACGAACCAAUAUUUAUUCCGCUUGGGUUGCCCCGCCUGGUAGAAGGGGAACCAUACACUCCAAACGAUCCCGAAUGGCACACGAAUGCCAAGUUAGCCCGUGCCUCGGGCAAUUUGCGAUUCAUUAAAGGUAGGAUAGAUUGGCAGGCAUUGUUCACGGCUGGCUUUGAUAAGGGGCUAACGUGGACAUCUAGACCACCUCGUAAUGCAUGUAUUGGAAAGCUUCUCCCGAGAUCCUCGUAUCAUUCGCUUCACUGGAAGCCCUCUCCAAAAAGAGGGGACCUGAUAUGGAACGUGCUUGAACCACUUCGAGUCACAGCGUCAUUCAUACGCGCAGGCUAUUAUUAUCUUGCACUAAAACGCGCCAGGCUGGAAAGCUUUUUGAAUCGACUGCGUUUCGAUAAUAACGGCCGGCUAGAUGCUCAGCGCCAGGCGGAAGAAUCGGUCAACACCCCAUACAUCCUGCCCAUUCUAUCUUGGAUGCCUGGAAGUAGCGAAGACACAUCGACCUUUCAGAAACCCACGAUGCUGGAUAAACCAGACGUCAGGAGCAGCAGCCCCUUUCAGCCUGUUGUCGUCUACGAUUUAACAGACAAAAACAAAUAUGGGGAGAAUGAUAAAAUGCCCGAUUUACGUUCCGCGGUGGGGUUGUUCUUGAUGAUGCUAAGACAAUCGCCAGGCAGGUAUAAGUCGCCGCCACCUGGGGUGUUCAUUAUUGCAGGGAUGAUAACCCUACAUGGACCAGAGGGCUGGUGCAAUGUCUACGCAAAAGGGGUUUACAAUCCCACGAACAACAAGGUGGAAAUUGGCAUGGAUUUGGUAUCUAUCAUGCCUUAUUUCCAGGCACCGCGCCGCAAUUCGUGA